AUGUCUGUAACUGAAGAAAGAAUUCAAGAAUUAAAUAGACGAUUUUUAGAAUUUAUGAGUAAAAGUGAGAAUGUGGAAUCAGCAACCAAAGAAAUUUAUGAUGAUCUUCUUGAUGAGGUAUUAAUGGGAUUUGUUUUCGAUGUACAUCGAACUACAAAAACUGGUAGUUCUGAUGUAGAAGAAGGCAUACCUGAUGACGAAUCGUAUGCUAUUGUAGAUUCUCCAGGAUUGGAUGUCUUUGGUCAACAUCCUGUUAAAAAAUCCCAAGAAUGUAAUUGUCCAAAUUGUGAUAGAGGAGUUGCAGCUUGUCGUUUUGCAACUCAUUUAGAAAAAUGUAUGGGUAUGGGACGAAAUAGUUCGCGAAUUGCAUCAAGACGCAUAGCAAAUAAUUCAAAAGAUCUCAGUAAUUUCAGUGGUGUUAUAAGUGAUGAUGAUGAUGAUGUUGAUUGGAGUUUAAAUAAUGAUAAGCGUAAACGCAGAAAAGACCGUAAUGGUAUUAAAAGAACAAAGCAACAAAAAAAUAGCCAAAGAAAUGGUGAAACUAUAAAUGAACAUGUUCAUAGUAGUAAUGAAAAUUCUCCAUCAAAUUAUGAAAAUAUGUCCUUGGAAGAUAAAAGAAUUCUAUUGACUCAAAUUUGUGGAGUAAUCUCAGAGCAUACAAAAAAAUUAUGUACACGAUCUAUGCGAUGUCCACAACACACAGAAGAUCAAAGGAAAGAAAUGAGAGCAAAUUUGGAAUCUGGAAACAAUAUACAACCUAGUCAAGAUAAUCUUCAUGUUGAUGUAGAUACUUAUGAAGAGGGAGAUGGGCAAAACUUAAGAGAAGCAUUAGCGCGUUGGGAUCGCGAAGAAUCAAGUCAUUCGAGUCCAGCAGAUUCUACAUCUACUACAUCAACAUCUUCAAUAAGUAGAAAACGAGAAACAAAAUCGAAAGGCAAAGGCAAAGGUUCCAAACGUGAUCGUGGAUCGCCUAUUUCACAAGGAGAUUAAAAUAGUUUGCUUAAUUUAUUUUUUAAUUCUAAGAAUUUUCUAACAAGAAAAUUUAUGUAAUAAUAAUGUUCCUAUGCAUUGUAUAAAGCUUCAAGAAUAUAUUAUCCCAAACAAAAUAUAAAUUAAAAAAAAAAAACCUUUUUAAUUUUAUUUUAUGUUCAAUAAUUUCAAAAUACUUGUAAUUUAAAUAUGCAUAAUAAUUACUGUUAUGCAGUAUAUAUAUAUAUAUAUAUAAAAUAUAUAUAUAAAACCAAUGAAUGUUUCGUUGCUUUAAUGUUGCGUUAAUGGAGGCGCUACAUUCUGCAAAUGUCAGAAUGUUAAUUCAUUUAUAUAUAUGAUUCAUGGUUAUAUGCCGCCAUUUUCUAUUAAAUAUUAUUUGACGUGAAGUUAUCGUAUAUUAAAGUAAGAUUAAAGUAAUAAAUAAUUUUAAAUUAUAUUAUUAAAUAAAGAUGUUAAAUGUGCAAAUAAGUACUGCUUCUGGAGUGAAACAAAUUCUUACUGUCGAAACUCCAUUUAAAAUUCAAGAAUUAUAUGAUUACAUUGAAGGAUUAACGG